UCUGCAGCUGGGGGGUCUUUAGGUUAGAAACAGCAGCAGACUGUUGGAGGUUUAAGUGGAUUCAGGGCUGUUUAUUGUAUUGGAUCAGAUCAAGGAACAGAGUAAUUGUGAUGUAUUGAUUGGACAUGUUCUUAUAGUUUCAGCGCUUUGGACAGAUGUUUGCUGUGGUUUAAAAUGAAGACUGGAUUCUCUGUAGGUGAAUAUGGAAGGGUGGUUAUGUUUCCCCCGGUCUCCAGUAAAGUGGAGCCGCAGAAGAUCCAGCUCUGAUCAGCAGCUCCACACCUCUGUACUCAGACUGCUCUACUGGAGGAACACCAUCAGCUCACCUGCUGCAGGUCUUCCCCUGAUCUCAGUGUCAGUGUUCCAAACUGGAAGAAGUUUAUCUGAACAAAUACAAUCAGAAGAUUUUAUGAAUAUAUUAAGCUGUUGAACAAAAGGGAGAACAUGGCAUCCACAGAAAUCUUCAAUAUGCAGCAAACAUCUUCUCCUACACCCAAUAAUCAAAUGCAGAAAAGUACAGGGAAGAAGAAAACGCAUCACUGCUCAGACUGUGGAAAGAGUUUUACUACAAAAAGUGAUCUCCAGAGACACCAGCGCACUCACACUGGAGAGAAACCAUAUCACUGUUCAGUCUGUGGCAUGAAUUUUCAUCAAAAGGGUCAUCUCCAGCGCCACCAGCGCAUUCACACUGGAGAGAAACCAUAUUACUGUUCCGAAUGUGGCAUGAAUUUUUAUCAAAAGGGUCAUCUCCAGCGACACCAGCGUAUUCACACUGGAGAAAAACCAUAUUACUGUUCAGACUGUGGGAAGAGUUUUACUGAACAGAGAGAUCUCAAAACACACCAGCUCAAUCACACUGGAGAGAAACCAUAUCACUGCUCAGUCUGUGGGAAGAGUUUUACUAACCAGAGAAAUCUCACCACACACCAGCUCAUUCACACUGGACAGAAACCAUAUCACUGCUCAGUCUGUGGGAAGAGUUUUACUAAACACAGUAAUUUCAAAAUACACCAGCGCGUUCACACUGGAGAGAAACCAUAUCAUUGCGCAGUCUGUGGAAAGAGUUUUACUGCACAGAGUCAUCUCAAAACACACCAGCGCAUUCACACUGGAGAGAAACCGUAUCACUGCUCAGAUUGUGAAAAGAGUUUUACUACACAGGGUGAACUCAAGCGACAUAAACGCAUUCACACUUGAGAGAAACCGUACCACUGCUCAGAAUGUGGCAUGAAUUUUACUAACCAGCGCACCAGCGCAUUCACACUGGAGAGAAACUGUUCACUGCUUAGACUUUGGAAAGAGUUUUACUACACAGGAUAUACAAAGAUAUAUUGAUGGUGCAUAUAAAGGGUAAACUGUUGCAUAUGAAUAAAACUAAAUAUAUUUAUGUGUACUAAAUGUCAAACCCAGAUUUCUGGCCAUACACUGAAUUAGUGCUGGACGAUAUGGCCAAAAUUUAUAUCACGAUAUAUUCCUUAAUUUCAGUCGAUACAAUAUAAUUUCGAUAUCAAUAUAAAUACUUUGAAGGCCUAAAAAAACUACUAAGAAUCCCUGCAAUGGAAAUCUGUACCUACUACUGUUUGAAACCUCCUUUCACAAAAAGUAUACUUUAGAAAUAAAAAGUCAAAAUAAAUCAAUGCUCAUUUUUAUUUGUAUAGAGCAAAAUAAAAACAUGACAUCCCUGUCAAACAUAAGCCUAUUUAACUAUUACCAAUAAAAAAUAACAUUACAUUACAACAGAGGCAGAGCUUCUUAUUCUUUUGUAAACAAAUUUAACAGAUCAAAACAAAAGUAGAGUUUUAUGGCCUUGACCCUUACUCUCAGCGAUUGUUCCAGAUUCUCUGAAUCUUUUGAUGAUGUUAUGCACGGUUGAUGAUGAUGAUAAACUUAAAAGCUUAAAAAAAACUUGCUAUUUUACGCUGGGUAACACCAUUCUGAUCUUUUGCGCAACAAUGGUGAAAUUGGUGAACUUCUUACCAUCUUGGCUUCUGAGAGACACUGAUACUCUGAGAAGCUCUCUUUAUACCCAAUCAUGUUGUCAAUUGACCUAAUUAGUGUUAAUUGGUCUUCCAGCUGUUUGUUAUAUGCUCAAUUUCUUUUUUCCAGCCACUUAUUGCUACUUUCCCCAACUUUUUGGGGAUUUAUUGACACUGUGAAAUUUUGAUUCAACAUAUUUGUACUUUAAAAUGUUACAUUUACUCAGAUAAAUCUUUUGAUCUUUCAUCUAUGUUCUAUUACGAAUAAAACAUUGACAUUUGCCAUCUCCA